GGGUAGCCGAGUGUGCAGGGGAGGGAAGUGAAUCAAGUGUAAUUGUUAGUAUUGGUGUGUUGUGGUGACAAUGAAUAGUGUGGAAAAGAAAACCUGGAAACAGUGCAAACAGUAUAAGUUGCCAGUUACCGCCAGCGAAGGUGACCCGUCAUUUCCUACGCGCCCUGGAUAAUGGAGGUGACUCCAGUUGUUUGUGUGCAAUAAAACCUAUGUCAGGUUUUUCAUCUUUUACAACAAUUUAUUGCACACAAAAAUUUGAGAGGCCAUGGAACGGUUUCUACGUCCAGAGCGCUUCGAGGCUGACCCGGAUUCUGCCACCGCUGCUAAGGAGUGGACGCACUGGCUGAGGACAUUCAACAACUUCUACCAAGCAGUACAGGCGACAUCUCCCAGUGCAGACAAACUAAUCCUACUCACCAACUACGUUGUUCCCCGGGUGUACGUUGCUCCUCGAGUGUACGACUACAUAGCAGACUGUGACACUUAUGAUAAGGCUGAGAAAGCACUGACAUCCCUGUAUGUAAAACCUAGAAAUGAGGUGUUUGCUAGGCAUGUCCUGGCCACACGUAGGCAGGGGUCGGGUGAGUCUCUAGACCAGUUUCUCCAAGCUCUGAAGCUCCUAGCAAAAGACUGUCAGUUCAAAGCAGUGUCGGCAGAGCAGGCGUGUGAUAACUAUGUUAGAGAUGCAUUCAUCAAUGGACUUUCUUCUGGUGCCAUUCGUCAAAGACUACUCGAAAAUAUAACUCUUAACUUGCAAACUGCUUAUGAACAGGCACGCACUUUAGAGAUGGCUCAGAAACAUUCUGCUUCUUAUACUACUGUUGAGCCAAUUACUGCUGCUGUACCUCAGCCACAAAGUCAGUCAGGUGAUUCAGAGUGUUUAGAAAGUAGUGAUGAAACUGCUCAUCUUGCCGCCACUACUGGCGCCAAUCAGUGUUUUUUCUGUGGUUUGAAACGGCACCCUCGGUUCAAAUGUCCUGCUAGGGAAGCUUUAUGUCUAAAGUGUAAGAAACAAGGACAUUAUGCAAAAGUGUGUAGGUCAGGGAAACCGGUAGGGGAUACCUCUGCUGGUAAAACUAAAUAUUCGGCAGCAACACUAGCUACUGUGUCUGGGGCUGCGCCUAGUAGUCUUAGUAAAUCUUUGAGUUGUUUGAAAGUUAAUGGUCUCCCUGUUAAUGCACUUAUUGAUACAGGAAGCUCGGAAAAUUUUGUGAGUCAGAAGAUUGCUAAAGAAAACAAAGUAAUCAUACUUCCUGACGACGGGCACGUCUCCAUGGCUGAUGCGUCUCUCUCGUCCAAAAUCUUAGGUCAUUGUUGUGUGGAUGUGGAGCUGCAAGGACAAAUUUAUCCUAGUGUAAAACUCAAAGUGCUGCCAGCCCUGUGUAGUGAUGUAAUUUUGGGGCAUGAAUUCUUGAAGAAUCAUUCUGCUCUAGAAAUGGCUUUUGGAGGAGCACGCCCACCACUCAAGAUAUGUGGGCUGGCUGCAGUGAAGUUGGUUGCGCCCGCACUCUUCAGCAAUCUGACAGCAGACUGCAGACCCAUUGCUGCAAAGUCGAGACAUUACUCUCAGGCUGAUAAGGAAUUUGUCAAAACUGAAAUUGGUAGAAUGCUACAAGAAGGAAUAAUAAGACCCAGCCAGUCUCCAUGGAGGGCCCAGGUGCUAAUCACUGCAGGGCACAAUCACAGGAAGAGAAUGGUGAUUGAUUAUUCACAAACUAUAAACAGGUUUACUGAGCUGGAUGCUUACCCUUUGCCUCGGAUCGAUGAAACAGUGAACAAUGUCUCAAGAUUUAAAGUGUUUAGCACCUUGGACCUGAAGAGCGCCUACCACCAAGUGCCAAUAAGAGAAGACGAAAAGUUGUACACUGCUUUUGAGGCGAGUGGAAAGCUGUAUGAGUUCAAUCGAAUCCCAUUUGGUGUGAAGAACGGAGUGGCCGCUUUCCAACGAGUUGUGGAUCAGAUCCUUGCAAAAGAAAAGGUGGAAGGGGCAUUUGCUUAUGUGGACAAUGUGACUGUAUGUGGAGAGACGGAAGAGGAGCAUGACAAAAACCUAAAUCAUUUCUUGAAAGUGGCGAAGGAUUACAACCUCACCUUUAAUCAUGACAAGUGUGAUUUCAGGACACAGUCUAUAAACCUUCUGGGAUACUCUAUAAAGGACGGAGAGAUCAGACCUGAUCCAGAACGACUGCAGCCUCUCUUGAGUCUACCCCUUCCCAAGGAUACUGCCUCUCUUCGGAGAAUGUUGGGGUUGCUUGCUCAUUACUCACGAUGGAUACCCAACUUCUCUGAGAAAGUCCGGCCUCUUUCACACUCCACGAGAUUCCCGUUGUCUUUUGAAGCUUCUCUGACUUUUGAGAAAUUGAAGAAUGAAGUUGCGAGGUCCGUGGUGCAAGCCAUUGAUCCUACAUCCCCUUUCACAGUCGAAACAGAUGCCUCAGACCAUGCCAUUGCCGCUACUCUCACUCAGAAUGGACGUCCUGUAGCGUUCUUCUCUCGCACUCUCUGA